GCGGGGCUUCCCGCGCAGCGCCUCGCGGGCCAAGGCGUUCCGGGGGGCUCAGGCAUGUGACUUUCACCCUUUGGACUCUCUCAAGGUAUUAAAAGUUACAGUGUGUAUCUGAGGUGGCAGUGUGAAUAGAGGAAGUACUGGGACUUGUGACCACACCUGUCAGGAACCAAAACAUUAGAAAUGGAGCAGCAGUUCAUGUUGUGCAGUGAAGAGCAGGAACCCAGUCGAGCCCACGAUGAGGAUGCCGAGCUGAUCUUUGUAGGGGUUGAGCAUGUAAAUGAAGACGCCGAACUGAUAUUCGUUGGAAAGACUUCAAAUUCAAAACCUGCUAAUUCGAACAUUUUGAACAGAGUCACCCCAGGUUCACGUUUAAAAAGAAAGCGAAACAGCCUUAGAAAAAUGACUACUGAAAGGCUGCAGCCCUCAAGUGCUGCAGCCCCCACAUCAGAGACAGUGAUCGUCUUGCCGGCAUCUCCUGCUGAAAGCCCUGCAGCCCCCACAUCAGAGACAGUGAUUGUCUUGCCAGCAUCUCCUGCUGAGUCAAGAUCGACAGAUAGUCCUAUUAUUAUUGAGCCUUUGUCCGAACCUGAUUAUAGAAGUAAUUCACCACAAGUUGUGCCUGGUAGCUCUUCAAAGGGUUCCCCUUUGGUUCCAAUCUCAAGUUCAAAGCAUAGUCCAGUAAGGGCAGCACUUUCAGUAGGAGGUUGGAACGGAAGUUCUUCUGCAUCGAAGCGCCAUUCCACUUCAGAAGUAAAUGUCAUUAACCCGCAGAGGCCUGAAUUUAUUAUAGAAAUUGAUGAAGAACAUUCUUCAGCAUCAUCCUCUUCUGGUACUUUCCAUACCUCAAAUCCUCAACCGAGUACACCCUCCAGCAAUGUUCCCAAAUCAGUAAACCGUGUUGUGAAUGGAGCACCUCUCUCAGAGAAUGCUAUCUACAUCAGUCCUACAAGUGUACACCCUCGCUAUGAAAACGGGUUGGUGAAAGUGGGCUUUUCAAGUCCAGCGAGUCAAGGGACCUUUGAUCCCAAGAAAGGAAGUUUGACUUUGUUACUUAGUGACUUUUACUAUGGUCAGCAUAAAGGAGAUGGGCAGCCAGAACAGAAGACUCACACAAUCUUCAAGUGCCCCAACUGUUUGAAAGCUCUCAAAAAUGUCAAAUUUAUGAACCACACCAAACAUCAUUUGGAAUUUGAGAGGCAGGGGAAUGACGGCUGGGAGAACCAUACCACCUGCCAGCACUGCCAUCGGCAGUUCACCUCUCCCAUCCAGCUGGAGUUCCACGUCGACCGUGUGCACAUCGCCCCUGACCCCACCAUGGUCUGCAGAAUCUGCGAAUUGUCAUUUGAGACAGAUCAAGUUCUUUUAGAGCACAUGAAGGACAAUCAUAAGCCCGGGGAAAUGCCGUACGUGUGCCAGAUCUGUAAAUACAGGUCGUCUGUCUUUGCCGAUGUGGAAACACAUUUUAGAAAGUACCAUGUCAACACUAAGAACCUGCUUUGUCCAUUUUGUCUUAAAAUUUUCAAAACCGGAACACCAUACAUGUGUCACUAUCGGGGGCACUGGGAAAGGAACGGUCACCAGUGUUCCAAAUGUCGGCUACAGUUUUUAACCUUCAAGGAAAAAAUGGAGCAUAAGACCCGGUGUCACCAAAUGUUUAAGAAACCUAAGCAGCUAGAAGGGUUGCCUCCCGAGACGAAGGUUGUUAUUCAGGUCUCGGUGGAUCCUGUUCAGUCAGAAUCUGGGAAAGUAGCAUCGGUCACUGUGAGCACAACUGACUGGGAACCGCCUUCCCCCAGAUCUCAAGGAAAACCUUCAAAAAGGUCCCACUGAUUCUAAUCUAAGUCAGAACCCAGAACCCUUCAGAGAGAUGAGAGGACAAACUGUACAGUCGUUAUUCGUCAGGACCCAAGACUGAUGAAGAAAUGGACUGUUUUUUCUUUAAUUUUGUGAUAAUGCAGGGUUUUUGUUUGUUCAUUUGUUUUUACUUUGUGAGGGUUUGUCUUGUUCUGUUUUAGUUCUGGGGCUGGAUUCAAGGCCUCACAAAUAAUAAGCAAGUACUCUACUACCCUCCUACUCUGACCUACAGUGUUUUCUGAAUGAAUAGUGAGUGUUAUUUAAGAUAUAUCUGGUUUCAUAUUAAGUGUUUGGCUCAACCCAAGGAAGGUGCUUAUGCCUAUAUCCUUGUGAAUGGAAAACAGAAGUUAAACCUAUUUAUUAGUAUUUUAUGUAACUCCUAAGCUUGAGAGCUCUUCUGCAUAAAAGUUUCGAGUUGGAUGGGGCUCACAAGGCUCCACCUCUCCCUGAAGAUCUAUAGGUAGUUAAUGCUUGCUACAGGAGGGAGAGAGCUCUCUUCUUAAAUGGUUUAUCAUGGGUAAGUGGACAGGCACACAUUCAUUCCAGUCUUGGAGCCAAAGAGUGAGUACUGCCUAAAUGUCUUUACCCAAAAGAAGAUUCAAGGAGGCCAAGCCAUUCUUGUAAAAUGUCCACGUUUUAUGAAGGGCCCCCUACAAGCAUUGAAAGCACAGCUGUGUAUCCUUAGUGCCACGUGAAGCAGCAACAGUAAUUAGUAGAAUGGGAGCUGGUGUCCAUGGACUUCCUAUCGCUUGAUGCGUCGGGUAGUUGGACUUAUGCACUCUCCUCCCCCUUCUGGCUAGCUGUGUUUGAAGAAAGAACUGGCCAUAUCCUUAUGGGCCACAACAGUAAAGUGCAUUGUCUUUUCUUGGGGCAAGAAGCCUUGGCAUUUGUAGUUUGAAAUUUAUUGGACUUUAGUUUUAAUUGAAAAGGUUCAGAAAAAUGGCGUCUGUCUAGUUUAUGGCCUGGGCUGAAUUUAGUUCUACUUUUAUGAUGUAAUAGGGACUUGCCCAAUGAUAUUGGACAUAGCACAAAAAAAUAACCCAGGGCCCAUGAUGGAGCCUUUUCACUACGUUUUUUUUUUUAGUGUAUGUGUAUCUUAUGUUUAUUGAAUAUGUGAAGCUUGCAAUUUGGUGAUGUGGUGCUCCCCCCUCACCCCCACUUGGUGCUAGGGAUUAAGCCCAGGGCCUUACAUGUACCAGGCAAGGGCUCUGCCACUGAACUAUAUCCCUAGUCACAAUUUGUAUCUUGCCUCAUAUUUGAGUGAUUAUAAUGAAUAGCAUUCUUGUUGUUGUAUGUAUAAUUUCUCAGUUGAUCACACUAAUAUUGCUUGGGUCUUACUUGAAGCACUUUAGUGUGCAGGCGAUGUCCUAAAUGAAGACUUGCUUUCUCCCAUUAAUAUAGCAUACUACUUAGCUGGUCACUAGGAGGAACAACUCUUUGUAGGACUGUAGGGCACCCCCUGAGGAUUUGUUUGUCCUCAGCAACCUCAGUAGCAUUAGCUGUUUCUGUAAAAGUUUCCAGGCCUGUCUUCUUGAGCGUGGUCCAGUGCCACCUCUGUUCCUUCAUGUUUAGCCCAGGUGCCCAGCUGCUUCUGUUCAUCAGUCAAGGAGUCUAGAUGCAUGCUGGUUAUAAACAUGGUCUGGAAAAAAUCUCCUAGUUUCCUGUUCCUUUCUUUAAAGGUACUUUAUCUUGCUGGGUGUGGUAGCACACACUGGUAAUAACUGCUCUUAGGAGCCUGGGGCAGAAGGGUCUGGAGUUCAGGGUCAGUCUGGGCUGCUUAAUGAGUUCCUUGCCAAACUAACUACACAGUAAGACCCUGUCUCUUAUAACCAAAAAGAAGAAAGGGGCAUUGGGGGUGGGUCCCUUAGGAUGUCCCUAUCCAUUUUUCCUUCCUCAGUCUAAUGAAGUUUCCUUCGAUUUCAUGAAAAACUGGGAAGAGAUCAUCACCAGGCCUUGGCCUCUCUGUUAAGACUGAGGGAGAUGAGAGGUUGCUAGUAUCUUUUGUUGUAUUUAUUUGCUCUGUGCUUGAUCCAUUGAUUGAUUGUGAUCUGCUCUAUUUUGAUAGGCCUUUUCAAUGAGGUUUCUUGGGCCAAGGCACACCUAACUUUUUACCCUGUACCUUUCCUUUAGAUGUGGAAAAUGUUGUUUGCCCCACUUGUUCUGGUGGGCAAGUCCUACUGUGUAUGAAAUGAAUCAUACGUGUACUGCAGACUUGUGUACUGUCUAUGGUAAAAAUAAGAACCACCUUAGACCUGUGUUUAGCGAGUGCUUAGUAUCUCCAGCACUGUUGCUGUACUUUGCCAUUUCACAAAAGCAUGCUCCUAAGGAGUACGGAUUGUUGUUUACUGCUAAGGGAGGCCCCAGCGCUCUGGCUCCUGCCUACCUACGCCUCCCAUCCACGGCCACUUCCCAGUGUCUCCCUGCUGCUGCACUAUUCCAACCUAUUGUAUUGGCCUUGUUGUCCCUCAAGAAAAUUCCUGUUUCUUCCUGGUGCACAGGCUGUACAGGCUGCCCCUUCCUCACCGUGUUCUCCCUAAGCCUGCAUGGCUCGCUACCUCACACGUGGUUUAUUAAGCUUGUCGAGACUUUUAGAGUGACUAGAAACUCCCCUGCUUUUAAAGUCCUGUUUAGUCCUUCUCUUGGAAGGCAGUUUACCUCUGGCUGCACCUUUCUUCCCCCUGCUAAGUUUCUUAGUCACAGAACUUCAGGAAGAAAUCAUUAGCAAGAGCUUUGGUUCUGUCUUAGAAGUGAGCUAGCUUAAGUCCAUUUCUGUGCCUAUAACACAAAGAAACAUAGUGAGCUUUCUGUUUUAUAUUGAUAGCUCUAUUUUUAAAGCAGUGUCACUUUGUUUUGUUUACACAUGUAUUAAAUAUCUGUCAAGAUUACUAUUUUGUUACUCUGUGAAGUCUGUUGCUUCUUUUUCAAAUAAAGGUUAUUAUUUUAUUAAUGUUGCCAAAGUUAUUUAUAAGAAAUAGCAAUUAGAGAAAUAAAGCAUUUUGUGAAAACCUUU